AUGGGGGCCCACAGAUCAAAGGGAGUCUCCCGAACAGUCCGAGUCACCACCUUGGUUUCCUCGGCAUGCUCAUCUGUGGUCGGACGGCGCAUCAAGGAAGUCCAUGGAACCGUGUAUGGCGCGAUGGCAAUCGCAAAGGAGAAAAAGAGAGCGGAAGAAAUGCUCCUGCAAAAUAUUGCUGGACUGAGUGCUGAGAAGAUCCGGGCGCUCUUGGACAUGCAGGGGGAUUCUGUUGUAGAUGACAGUAUGGACAACAAUCAGCAGGACUUGCCAAGAACUGAGGAGGUGGGGGCAGCUGAUGAUAUGGAAUGGGAGAUGCUACCAGAUGAUCUGCAAAAUGACUCGACGUUCACCAUGGCAUUCUGA